CAAGUGUGCUUGAAGGUUUGGCCCCUGCCACGACGAAAGGGUAAUAUAUCGACGGUUCUGGGGAAGGAAUUGAUCAGACAGCCUUCGAGAAGCUGUCAAGACGAGAAACUGGGAUCGCUCUUGGAAGCCCCACACCCUCGAAGCCGACCGGGCCAAGAGCACCUGGUAUCGAUUCCCACCCCGACGGCCGAGAGGACUUCUCGGGACCUGAAUAUCGGCAGGGUCGGCCAUCCCAGAGUGCCUGCCAAGCAGACUAGCCUGCCCUUGCCAUCGUCCAAUCGUUCCGUCCAGGCACCGGCUACGCGUUCUGGAGAACGUGGGCUCAGAGAGUCUUGAUCGUUGUUGAGACGCCUGGAGCAAACUGGCCGCCAUCUCCACGAGCGGCCGGACUUGUGGUUGAUGGGGAACCAUAGGGACUUGGCUGUGUCAUCGAACACAGGAACUUGCAACUCAUUCCUUUGCCCGUCUCGGCCAGAGUCACCACCAUACAACGGCUAGUAGCUUACCUGCUAUGCAACCUCCACCAUCCUCUCCUCAGCCGGACUUGAACUGAGCCCUCGACUAACUCCAUCUCUGUUAUACAACACAAUAUAGACUUCAUCGACCCUAGUUCAGUCCGUGUUUUUCCACAUACAGAGUCUUGAAGUCAUACCGCCAGCAAGAUGAGGCUUCUCAAGUGCCUAACCGUGGCACAAAGCCUGAUCGGCUUGGGAAUGGCUCGCGCCAUGGCUCAGACAGGAACUGAGACACAGACCUUCACCCCUGCCAACGAUCUCAAGCUCCCGUACAGCCUCGAAGCCGCCUCGGCCAUGGUCAGCGUCGUCAUGAAGAAGCCCGCCAUCGUGCUGGAGAACCUACCAUCGCUCAGCGACGUCAAGUGCAUCGACGGCAACGUCGUCCUGACGUUCAGUAAUGCAGAAGCUGCAAAGUCUGCCAGGGAUGCCUGGCCCAAGUCGGGAGACUUUAUUGUUGUGAUGGACGAGGCUCCAGGUUCCUGCAGCGGCGACAGAGAGCGAGGAUUUUUCCUGCUGGGCGAGCUCAUCCACGACGAGGAGAAGUUCACAAUCACAGCUGCUGCAGAGAAGCGUGACCCCAAGGACGAGGUCGAGGAUGCCGUUAUUCACUUUACCCGUGCGACUGAGGUCACUGCCGAGCAGAAGAGUGCAAUCGUUGCCAGAGGCGGAAGAAAGACACUACAUAUGGGCCCCAAGACGUUCAAGGUGGACAUGUCAAACAAGACACUGAUCAACACCAAACCCCUCUACAUACACACGGAACGCGCCUCCUUUACCAGCACCAUUCAGAUUGAGGGUCACGUUCACUUUAACCUGAUGAAGAUGAAGCUAAAGGAGUUUAAUAUCCAGCUCGAGCUCGACUACGACCUUGACCUGAAGGUUCAAACGCGAGUCAACGCCCGUAUAGGGAUCGACGUCUUCAGCUACAGCCCGCUCGUCGCCAUGAUCUCGGCCAUCCAUAUCCCCGGCAUCCUCAACAUCGGCCCCAGGGCCGCCUUGUCGCUCGGCGUCGAGGUGGCAACCGACGGUCCCGUCAACAUCACGGCAAGCUACCGCUCGACCAUGAAGGGCGCCAAGGCGCGUCUGGACCUGCUCCACAAGAACGGCACCAAGGCAGAGGGCUGGAAGCCCCAGACGACCGGGUCGGCAGACGUGUCGACGCGGGCGGAGCUGCAGCUCAACCCGUUUACGGACCUGACUGUGGAGUUUGCCAUCAGGAUGUUUGGGGGCCUGAUUGACCUGGGAUCUGGUCUCACGGUGCGCCCCACCCUGAUCAAUGCAUUUGUGUUUGGGUCCAACUUUACCCACAACGGAACCGGAGUUCAAUUGACCGGCCCAGAGUGCCCCUCGUCGGCCGCAAAGGGCUCCUGCUGCUUGAACUCGGUGUGGUACGAGAGCAGGUUCUGGUUCCAGGUCAGGGCCUUUGUCACCCAGUUUUACAAGAUACCUUUGUACACGGUAACCAUACCCAUUCACAAGGGAAAGUGCUGGGCUUUGCAGGAGGCGUCCAAAGCGGUGACGUCAGGGAAUUGGACCGGCCCUUUGCAGAAGCCCAAGUGCUGUCUUUGCGAGUUUUAA